CGGACGAUGACACGUUUGAAGACUUGGAAACAUUUCUGAUCGUGAUGAGUACUCUAGACUCUGCAGUAGAGAUUCCCCAGCCUGAACUUAUAGUGAUGAUUCAAGACAAUGAUCGUGUCGUGGUGUCAUUCACUGAGACUGAGUAUGUUGUCAAUGAAAGUGAUCUUUUGCUGGAGGUGUGUGUGUCACUUGAUGGGGCUACAGAAGUGCCAGUCAGUGUUAUGCUAGCUCUCCAGCCAGAUGACCAACUUUCUCCUGACAUGAUGGCAACUUUUGGAUCUGACACCGAUGUACUAAGAGAUCCAGAGAUAACUUUUCCUCCGAGUGUUUUUCCUCAGGAACCAAUCUGCCGAACAGUCACAAUCAUCAAUGACACCAUCUUUGAAAACGACGAGAUAUUUCUGGUGUCCAUGAGUACUCUCAGAGACAGG